AUGGCGAGCGGCGGCGUGGGGUGUUAUUCCGUUUCCGAACUCUGCGCACUCACUGGCGGCGGGCGAUUGCCUGGCCACCUGCCCGUCGCCUGCUGCCCAACCUGCGUGAUUGGCGGCCCGGGCUUGCACGCUCUCCCUUUCUUGUUCGGCCUGUCGCUUGCCUUUUCAGAUUGUCCUAGACCUGGCGGCGGUCCCGGCUCUGGAUGCCGGCCGUCUACUGGCCUCCCUCCCUCUGUCUACUUUACGCACUUGGCGCUUGCUGGGCCACUCCCCUCCCUCUCCCGGAGCGCUCACUGGCACCUUCCCGGCCUCACGCCUGCCGCCCUUCUGCCCGGGCGGGUGGCGGCUCUGGCUAC